AGGUGUGCCGUCCCCCCCUCCUAUCAUCAUCACCACCAUCGCACCCAAGCCCACUCCUUCCACGCUCCCUCCUACGACCGUCCUGCUCACGAACGUCCCUCCUACGACCGUCCCUCCUUCGACCGUCCCAUCUACGACCGCCCCUCCUUCGACCGCCCCUCCUACAACCGCCCCUCGCACGAGCGCCCCAUCUACGACCGACCCUCACACGACCGUCCACCCCACGACCGCUGGAACCCCAGUCUACGCGUGAGCGCCGGAAAUCAGCUCUACAUGUUGGACCAGGAAGAGGUACACCCUUUGCUGAUGCGCGAGAGGCGCUCAGAGUCUCACAGGAACAAGCUGCUGCGGCGGACAGUCAGCGUUCCUGUUGAGGGACGGCACCAUCCCGAGAUGGAUCAUCGCGCCCGGCGGAAGAGCAUAGCCACCGGGAAGCAGCCCAGCAUGGAGGUCCCUCCCACUGCCCCCCUUCAACCCUUCCGACAAUCCAGUUUCCUCAGUAGAAGGUUGAAGGGCUCGAUCAAGAGGGCUAAGAGUCAGCCCAAACUGGACCGAACCAGCAGUUUCCGCCAUAUGAUCCUCCCCCGCUUCCGCAGUGCCGACCAAGACAGGACCCGUUUGAUGCAGAGCUUCAAAGAGUCCCACUCCCAUGAGUCCUUGCUGUCUCCCAGCAGCGCUGCUGAGGCGCUGGACCUCACUCUGGACGAGGACGCCAUCAUCAAACCUGUCCACUCGAGCAUCCUGGGACAAGAGUACUGCUUUGAGGUGACUACGGCAUCGGGAACCAAGUGCUUUGCGUGUCGCUCAGCUGCAGAGAGAGACAAAUGGAUCGAGAACCUGCAGAGAGCUGUCAAGCCCAACAAGGACAACAGCCGGAGGGUGGACAAUGUGCUCAAACUGUGGAUCAUCGAGGCCCGCGAGCUCCCAGCCAAGAAACGCUACUACUGCGAACUUUGUCUGGACGACAUGCUGUACGCACGCACCACCAGCAAGCCCCGCACCGACACCGUUUUCUGGGGCGAGCACUUUGAAUUCAACAACCUGCCAGCCGUCCGCAACCUACGCCUUCAUCUAUACAAGGAGACAGACAAGAAGAGACGCAAGGAAAAGAGCACAUACUUAGGACUUGUAAGCAUCCCCAUCUCAAGCAUCACUGGACGUCAGUUUGUGGAGCAGUGGUACCCGGUCAUCCAGCCCAGCGUCCUCACCAAGGGAGCCGGCGUCGGAGGGGGGAAGAUCAUCAACGCAUCCCUACGCCUCAAAUCCCGCUUCCAGACCAUGAACAUCCUGCCCAUGGAGCUGUACAAGGAGUUCGCAGAGUACGUCACCAAUAACUACCGCACCAUGUGUGCUGUGCUGGAGCCCGUGCUGAGCGUCAAGAGCAAAGAGGAAGUGGCCUGUGCACUGGUGCAUAUACUGCAGAGCACAGGGAAAGCUAAGGACUUCCUGUCGGACAUGGCGAUGUGCGAGGUAGACAGAUUCAUCGACCGAGAACACCUUAUCUUCAGAGAGAACACUCUGGCCACCAAAGCCAUAGAAGAGUACCUCAAACUGAUCGGACAUAAGUACCUCAAGGAUGCUAUAGGGGAGUUCAUAAGGGCCUUGUAUGAGUCAGAGGAAAAUUGCGAAGUGGACCCCAUGAGAAUACCACCCUCUGUACUCCCAGACCACCAAGCCAAUCUCCGAAUGUGCUGUGAGCUGGCACUCUGCAAGAUCGUUAACUCCCAUUGUGUUUUCCCUCGAGAGCUAAAGGAAGUUUUUGCCUCCUGGAGAGUGCGCUGUGCUGAGAGAGGUCGGGAAGACAUCGCAGACCGCCUCAUCAGUGGUUCCCUCUUCCUGCGCUUCCUGUGUCCUGCCAUCAUGUCACCAUCGCUCUUCAAUCUCACCCAGGAGUAUCCCGACGAGCAGACAUCACGCACGCUCACCCUCAUCGCCAAAGUAGUGCAAAACCUGGCUAACUUCUCCAAGUUUGGCAAUAAAGAGGAGUACAUGUGUUUCAUGAAUGAGUUUUUAGAGAUGGAGUGGGGCUCCAUGCAGCAGUUCCUGUAUGAGAUCUCCAACCUGGACAGUGUCAGCAAUGCAGGCGGCUUUGAGGGAUACAUUGACCUCGGCAGGGAGCUGUCCAUACUGCACAGUCUCCUCUGGGAGGUCAUGGCUCAGCUCAGCAAGGAUGCCAUCAUCAAACUGGGUCCUUUGCCUCGCCUCCUGAAUGACAUCAGUAUGGCCUUGCGUAACCCCCACCUCCAGAGGCAGCCCAGCCAUCAGACAGACAGGGUGCAGGAGAGGCAGACAGACAGGCUGCUAUCACGGCCGAGCUUCAACCGGGGAAUCUCAUCCGAGUUUCAAAAUCUCAUGAUGAGGGAUCUGAACAGCUCUAUAGAUAUCACUCGCUUGCCUUCCCCCACCUCCACCGGAGGGGUCAUGCCAUCCCGCUCCCAGAUGAGUUUUCAGGACCGUGACCACCCCCAUCGAGCAUCCUCCAAAGACAUGUUUUACGUAUCGCGCCCUCCCCUGGCCCGAUCCAGCCCAGCCUACUGUACGAGCAGCUCGGACAUCACGGAACCAGACCCUAAGGAUUCCCGAAUGAACAGCGUGUCUAACCUGCAGUCGGUGGACAUGCUCAACUCCUCCCAGGCCUCCAUCGCCGGCAUGGGCAGCUUCGGAGGGCUGAGCAGCGGAGGCGGUGGCGGCCUGGGGUCGGGCCUGAGCAGCCAGCUGCGGGCCGGUGGGAGGUUGUCAGCUGGCUCUGGCGGCUCCAGCAUGUCCGGCGGCCUUCGGCUGAGCCAGCUGAGCCAGAUGGGCACCACCACCGACUCGCUAUCCCAGCAGCAGCAACAGCAGGCCGCCGCCAUGCGCUACCCGCUUUCCUUCCAGAAUCCACUCUUUCAUCUGGCGACCGCUGAUGGGCCUCAACAGCAACAGCUCCACCACCAGCACAGCCGGGCUCAACCCCAAGCACCCCUGCUCCUGGCCCCAGACCCUGAGCCCUCUCACCAGGCCUACAUCCCACAGUUCGCCCAUGGGGGGUUCUCUCGCAGUGAGGACCUGUCCACCCUCAGGACCAGGGACGGUCACCUGGGCCAACCCAGCAUCAUCCACUCGCACAGCUACAGCGACGACUACAGCAGGGCUGAAUAUGGACGCAGGCAGAUGUCCAUGCAAGUGCAGGACAACCUCCAGCAGCAACAACAAAUGAUGGGCAUGAGCUCCCAGACUGGCACCUCCCACUCCUCCCUGGCCACCACGCCCCCUUCUACAGUCCAACCAAUGCGCCAGAGUUCUGUUGCCCCGCCUCCCACCCAGCGCGUCAAGUCCCAGACCUCCCAUCAGCUGUCCGUCAGCGCGGCCGCUGCACCUGCUGCUCCGGCUAAAACACGACCGCAGAGCGGGAACCUCCUCCAGUCACCAGAGUCCGGCUACGGCGGCAGGCAGCACGGGUCCCGGCAGCUGUCCGUCAAAGACAACACUGCCCCGGGCCUGCCCCACCAGCAGAGCUCUGUCAGGGAAAGCCAGAGUCCACAGGGAACCACGAGUCAGAGCACUCAGCAGUCACCACAGCAGUCUCAGCAACAGCAACAGCACCUGCUCAAACCCACCAUGAGCAAACAGGUAACAUCUUCUCCAUCCACCCUCAAUCCCCCGACCCCAGCCAAUGAGCGAACAGUGGCCUGGGUCUCCAACAUGCCUCAUCUGUCGGCCGACAUUGAAAGUUCGCGGAUUGACCGUGAAGAGUUCAAACUGAAGGAGUACUCAAAGAGCAUGGAUGAGUCACGCAUGGACAGGGUACGGGAGUACGAGGAGGAGAUCAACUCCCUGAAGGAGCGCCUGCUCAUGUCCCACAAGAAGCUGGAGGAGUACGAGCGGAGGCUCCUCACGCAGGAGCAGCAGACCAAUAAGAUCCUCCUACAGUACCAGAAUCGGCUCGACGACAGUGAGAGGAGGCUACGGCAACAGCAAGUGGAGAAAGACUCCCAAAUUAAAGGGAUAAUUAGCAGACUCAUGGCUGUGGAGGAUGAGUUAAGGGGAGGACCCAUGAUUGAGCCAAAAACCAGGAUUUUCGCUGAUCAGGAGGACCAGCUUUCCUCCCUGGGUUCUGCAGACCCCGGUGUGAAAACUGAAGGUGGAGGGGGAGGUGGAGGAGGAGGAGGAGGAGGACAAGGAGGAGGAGAUGGAGGAGCGGUAACCGACGAUCAAGGCCUCAGAGUCUCUUCCUCGGGCAUUUCCUCUGACAGCUCGCCCCACAAUGGAGUCCUCCCCCAAACUGUAGACCCUCCCUCUCUGCCCACUCCUCAUCAGCAUCCUAGUCAGAAUGGAGAGCUCCGUGGCAAACAAACAUCCUCCCCCAUGACAACCUCACAGGCAACUGGAACCACGGCAACAGCAACUACAGGCAUAGCAGAAGAAGGGGGAGUAGGUCAAACACAACACUGA